UCUAGAUUAACGCGAGAUUAAAAGCUUCAAAAUGGCCGCGGGAUUUUAAGAUCAGUAUUAAACAUCGACGUUUUUCCGGUUUAAUUUUGAAGAAUGGCUUCAACGUCCGAAGGGGUUGAUUCAAGUAUUUCCCCUGGACUCUUGGAAGAUCUGAAGCGACUUUUGUGGGGGAGAUCUUUGACCGAUGAAGUUUUCUUGCGGUGGACACAAGGUUUUGUUCUCAGUGCAGAUGAACCCACUGCAUUGUUACAAUACGAGGGUGGCCCCUGUGCUGUUAUUGUGCCAGUGCAGGCAUUUUUACUGAGGUUUGCUUUGUUCACUGAAGAAAACGAGGCAGUAGAGAAAUGGAGGGAGCAUUCAGAUGAGACUGCCAAGGAUCUCCUCUGUCAGUCCCUCAGUGCCAUAUUGCUGCAGACCACAGCCACCUCCUACACAGUGGUGUACUCUGACCAUAGCUUUACUGAGAUGCAGGAGCAGGAUGGUCCACAGGAAUCUGGGGGAGAGGAGGAUGUGCAGAGGAGUCCAAAGAGAAGGAAGCUGUGCCAUGACCAAUUUCAUUUAAAUCUCAGGUGCCAACAAUGUGAUUCAAGAGAACAACUUGUCAACCUGGUCCAGUCUAAUCUGGAGAAGUUUCAGGGAGAUUUUGGGGUGCUGUAUUAUCUCUACUCACUUUUACUCACAAAGGGUGUUGACCAAAUAAAGAAUGAGAUGGAGGAUCCUAGUGAACCUCUCAUAGACUCUACUCAUGGACAUGGAAGUCAGAGCCUCAUCAACCUCCUGCUCACAGGAAAGGCCGUGUCACAUGUCUUUGAUAAUGAAAAGGAUGUCGCUGGAAUGAAACUCCAUGGUGUCUCUCGCCAAUCCCAGAUUGGGUUUCUUACACAGUUAGAGCACCUGAGGUAUUGUGAGGUGGGUUUUAAUCUAAAAAGCCCCUCCCUCCCAGUGUGGGUACUGGGUAGUGAGACCCACUUGACAGUACUGUUCACUCAGGACCUCAGUCUUGUGGCUCCAGAGUCACCAGAAGACACCGCCAGGAGGAUAUUUAAAAGUUUUGAUCCAGAAGGGAAUGGCUUCAUCUCGUCAUGUCUCCUAGGAGAUGUACUACACUCACUGAGUCUUGUAUCGGAUCAAGGAUAUGUGGACAUUAUGAAGGGCAAGCUGGACUCUGAGGGACUGGGUAUUAUUGUCCUCAGUGCUUUUAUGGAAGAGUUCUAUCCAGGAAACAGCCAGCAACAAGGACCAAAGACGUUUACUGUAUUUCAUUAUAAUGGGCUGAAGAGGUCUAAUUCCACUCACAAGGUUCAGUAUAAAAAAGGCACGGCCACCAUACUGGAACAUGGCAUCCCCCUGGUGACUGAAUACACAGACGUGACCACAUGCCUCCAGACAAAAUGGCCGACAAUCAGCAUUGAAUGGUCAGGCAAUGAUGUUCCAUCAUUAAACUGACAGUUUACUCAAAACUCAUUAUUCAGAAAAAAAAUUUUAUAAUGUUAUAUUGAUGUGUUCUUGCUUGAAAUUUGUGAUAUACUUUAUCACAAUUGAAUUAGGAGAAGAUAAAUUGUGCAACUUCUGAGCAACAGUGGACUCCUUGAAAAGCAGCGAAGUUGUGGAAAGUCACAGAUUAGCGCGGUCUUGAUUCGGGGGAAAUUCUGGACAGUUGUCCACUUUAACACAGUGCCAAUAUGGAGUAUGCAAACUCACAGAAUGAUACAGCCACUGUGGUAAUUUUAGAUAUCGUAUUGCUUAGCCACAUAUAAUAAUGCAGCACAGUGGAAGUGAGCUGAAUCUCCAUGGUAACUUGUUAAACGGCUGGAUUGCCAUGGUAACUUGUGUAUCGGCUCAAUCGCCAUGGUAACUUGUAAGACUUGUCAGGGAGACACAGUUAAGUAUUGGCAUUGUUGAAAAGUAAAUGGGAAUUUUUUUGGGGGCAUUUUUGAUGUACAGUUUGAUAGGGAAGAGGGAGAAUGAAGUGUGACUUCUUACACAUACAACUUGUUGUCACACCAUAGGGGAAAUCACUGCAUAAGAUCUUGAAUGGGAGAGUCAGACAUGAAAAAUGAGUUCAUAUUUAUUUUGUUGUUAGCUUCAAGAUAGAGCUUGAUGCACCGUAUUUGAAUUGGAUUUUCAAAGAAUGUUCCUUACACUGUCAUUUUACCAGUAACUUUAUUAAGUUCAAGAUGACAGCAGUACGCAGUAAUUAUAGUGACUUGACGACCUGAAUAAUGAAUGCACUGCACAGUGGCAAGCCAUCCCAUUCAAGACAUAAUUAGUCAUAAUAUACAUUUUUUUAUGGUGAGAUGGGAGAUCCAAAUUAACUUGGUAUUGUUGGAUUGUCCAAGAAGUGUUUUAAAAGGAAUGUGAACACCUCGCAUAUUAAAGUAUUUACCAAUUAGUCAACUGUCUUGCCUGUGAACAUUUUCAGUUUUUGAUUAUUUUAUAUGCUUAGAAACCAAAUCAGUAGUCAGGAUGUGUUGUCAUGACAUAUUUGUCUGCUCUACAAGGAUUUCUUCUUAGCAGACUUUAGAGUAGGUAUAAUCAGUAUGAUUUCAUAAUAGUAGAUUGUAUGGUUAAAGGUUUACAUGUCUGUAGGGAUUUUUAUGGUGAAUUCAGAAUAAUUAGAUUGUAGGGACCAUGCUUUACAUUUGGUCUGAGAUUCUGUUGUUUCUUUAAAAUUCAGGUUAAAAAAAAAUGUAAAAAGUUCUGUUAAUAGUCAUUUUCCCCAUGGUCAAGGUGCUACUGUCUGAGUGUUUCAGGUUUUAUGAAAUAUAUUACAAAUUUUAAUCAUGUAUUAUUUAUUGUACUAUGUAAAUGCAUGUCUGCUUUUAUAGAUUCUUUAUCACAAAAUAACAUUAAAUACAAGAAAUAUGUCAGUUUCAAUCUAACAUCUUCACUCUACUCUGACAUCAGAUCAAUAUUGACAAAUCCCUUGACAGUAUAUUAAGUCAUUAGUUUUUGAUAAAAAAUAAUUCUUUACUAUUUUACAGAUAGAUACACACGUGUGGUUCACCCAAAUGUGCUGGUCAUUGGUUCAUGCCUGUUUUUUAGGUAACAAUGACAUUAUCUGUUAAAAGGUGAAUCAGAAGUUAACUGGGCAUGCAAGUCACCAGAAAUAGACAUGAACUCAUGACCAGCAGAAAUGAGUUAGCCGCACAUGCUGAAUAUCUGUGGAAAGGUGAGUUAAUUCUUUUUACAAAACUGGUAAACAUAUUUCGGCAUAUUUGUCUGCUUUUCAUCAUUUGGUACUAAUCUUGACGUAAGUUGUUCUAAGUUGACCAGGGUAGACUGUUGGUUUUGACACCUUGGGUUUUAGAGUAUUGGCUAUUGACUUUCUUUUGAAGUUUAUUUAAGGAAUUAUCCUUUGAAAGUGAGGCUGUGUUCUUUCCACUGCUUUUCAGUCAUCAAUAAGUGAAUGUAGACCUAGCCAGUUUUCAUUGAAAUGGCUGUAGAAAUAACAGUAAGUUUCAUGUAAAGCUUGGUAAAGUCGGGCAUGGGUGCUAAAAUGUAGUGUAGUAAUUAGCAUGUAAGUUUUUAAUGUAAAUAUGAAAUUAGCAUGUUUAGGAUUUUUAUUUGGUCAUUCCAAGAUCACAAUGCACAAUAUUUAAGCCAAUUCAGCAGAUGGCCCAGUUGUAACACAGUAGAGACAAGGUCCUCUGAGGUCACUUAAAAAUGAGAUGUAAACAUUAAUUUGGUGAUUUGAUCAACAGUUUCUGAGCCUCAGGUGCUGAAGUGACUGGUUAAAGAAAUUUGGUCGUCCAGUGAUGUCACAUGGGCCAGUACCAGUUUAGGUCUGACUGGAAAGGCAGUGUUUGAAAUAAUGGGACCUAGUUUUAUAGGUUCAGUUUCUUUUCUUCUGAUUAGAACAUCAACAGCUGCUUCUUGCGCAAAAUUGUCCCAUAGGUAAACUGAUUUAUAGUUGUUUUAUGUACACCAGCUGCAUAUUUACCCAAAAUUUAACCAGGGUUAAAAAUAUAGUGCCCAACUUAAGUUUUGUUGAUUCUUAAAGGGCAGUUUUGCAAAAGUUGAGAACAGGGCAUAAUUUUAUUGAAAAUCUCAAUAAGUUGUAUAAAAUAUACCCACGUAUAAUAAUAGAGGGGUUGAACUUAUAAGAAUAGAUAUAUAUCGCACAUAACUAUAUUAUUAUCUGUUGGUGAUUUUGUGAUUGAUCAUCGUAGUGUACGAGUGCAUAAUGUGGCUAGUAAUCUUUUAAAUAAAUGUUGAAUGAAUUUGAUCAAGUUGUGAGAAAUGUAUCUGACUGCUGUUUAAGCUAUGUGUUCAUUUAAUGGGGUGCUGGUUAUCCCCCUUCUUUGCGUCUUGUUAGUGAUGUUCUCCUGUCUGUCAGUUUUUUUUUUUACUUUCAUCACAAGAUACCAAGUUUGUUACGCCUUAAGAAAUGACAGAAAGUAAGCUAUAAAUGUAUCUCUUUAAGAAAAAAAAGUAACCAGGACUGUGCUGAAGAAAUCUUAUGUAAGGAAUUGUUAAACUUGAUAUUGACCAUAGCUCUUUGUAACUGUUAAAUUUUGUUUAAAUUCUUUCGUUACUCUCUGUAUGUAGAAUGUAUAUCAUCAUAUGAAAUAAAAAUACCCAGAAAUUUGA